GGGAAAGGGUCGCCUGGCUGAGCAUGCGUGAUACGGCACCAGGAAGAUUUGCAAGGAACGUUAGAAGGGGAGGAUUUGAACACAGGAAAGGGAAGCCAGACAUCACAUCAAGAUCUGACAGUCAUUCAAUUCAUAAAGACCUGAAUAUCACCAGGCUUUGAAUAUGGAAGGAAAAGGCACCAUUCAGAGUGGAGAGAAACCGUUCAUGUGUUCUUUGUGUGGACGAGGCUUUAGACAUUCAUCUGGCCUCUCAAGACACAAACGCAGUCACACAGGGAAGAAGCCAUGGAAAUGUCAGGAAUGUGGGAAAGGAUUCAACUAUCCGUCAGAGCUGGAAAUCCAUCAACGUAUUCAUACUGGAGAGAGGCCAUUCACUUGCUCUGUGUGUGGGAAGGGAUUCACUAAUUUGUCUUCCCUGCUGACACAUAAGGUGAUCCAUAACAGGGAGAAGUCAUUCACCUGCUCUGUGUGUGGAAAGGAAUUCACUCUUUUCUCUGUUCUGCUGAGACACCAGCGAGUUCACACUGAUGAGGCAGAGUUUAAGUGCUCCGUGUGCAACAAGAACUUCAAACGCCCACAUGCACUGAGGGAGCACCAGCAUAUUCACACUGGUUAUAAACCAUUCAGCUGCUCUCACUGUGGUAAGAAGUUCAGGCAAGUGUCCAGCUUGCUGACACAUCAGCGAGUUCACACUGGGGAGAGACCAUUUACCUGUUGUGUGUGUGGGAAGGGAUUCACCCGUUCAUCCCAUCUGUUAACACACCAGAGAGCUCAUACUGGGGAGCGGCCAUUCACCUGUACUGAGUGUGGGAAGGGAUUCACACGUUCAUCUCACCUGCUGACACACCAACGAGUUCACACUGGGGAGAGGCCAUUCACCUGCUCAUUGUGUGGGAAUGGAUUCAUUCAGUCAUCGCAUCUGCUGAGGCAUCAGCAAGUUCACACUGAUAAGAGACCAUUUCAAUGUUCUGACUGUGAGAAGAGUUUUAAAAGCUCUCAUGAUCUUCUGAAACACCAAUGCACUCACACUGGGAUGAGGCCCUUCACCUGCUCCGUGUGUGGGCAGGGAUUCACUGAUUCAUCCAACCUGCUGACACACCAGCGAGUUCACACUGGUGAGAGACCAUUCUCCUGCUCCGUGUGUCGGAAGGGAUUCAUUCAGUCAUCGCACCUCAAUGAACACCUACUUGUCCACACUGAUAAAAGACCCUUUCAAUGUUCUGACUGCGAGAAGGGAUUUAAAAGCAAGAAGGAUCUGUUGACACACCAGCGAGUUCACACAGGGGAGCGGCCGUUCAUCUGUACUGAGUGUGGCAAAGGAUUCACUCAGUUAUCCAAUGUACUGAGACACCAGCGAGUUCACAAGUGAAUGCAAGCAAUGGAUUCUGCUGUUACCAUUUCUCUUAAUCAAAUCGAGGACUGAACCAUGUUCAUGGGGGUUUCUUUUCACUGAUGUAAUUCGCCCAUGUCACUGCUGGGAAGUUAAAUAUA